AUGACACAAUUGCUGAAGGCGACAGUGCUCAGCCGGCCUCGACGACUACUGCCGAGCCGACUGUUGACACUGACGAGUGGUGGCGAUCCAGUGCGAGUUGGUGGAAUCUCAGUGACUGGCGUUGGUCUGGAUGGUGGGGAAAUCGCUGGGACAACCAGCAGUGGCCUUGGGCACCGAGGCAUUCCUACGCGACUGUACAGACCGAGGGAGACCAGUCAGGGGCGCAGCCGAGCUCCCCUCCACGGGAUGGGAGCGGAGAUCGGCACGGACAACAGCACUGGCGGAGCAACGGCUCCGGCUUUGAGAAUGCGGCGAACGAGGCGGCCAGUUCCUCUACAGGGCCGAGCUCUGCGAUGGCAGGUGAGUCGCAGUGUCCUCUUCGACUCCGGCGAACACCGUGGAUCCGUGGCAGUAAUGGAGAACACAACGGCGUCGUGGAACUGGUCUCAGUCUCCCGGUGGCCAGGGCGGCUACAACUACAAGGGUGACUACAGCGAGCCACCGCCGUGGCCUGGAUUGAGUUACCGCAGACAGUGGAUACAGGCCAUCAAGCGUUGGGAUAAGCAGACGGACAUCCCCAUGUUUAGGCGCAGCGAGAAAGUGCUGAGGACCCUCGGCUGGGAGCUUCAGACGGAGUUCGAGCAUCUGACCGAGGCCCAGUUGACCUCCGACCAGUAUCUCAACCUCAUCUUGCAAGUGAUGGAGAUGAAGGCCGGCGUUCAGGAGGACGCUGAAAAGAGAGUUGCGUUUCGGUCUGUCUUGACGGACACGAGCCGGAAGAGGGAUGAGUCUCUGGCCCAGUUUGCGAUGAGGCGACUGCGUGACUUCACCCGGGCUGAGAGUUUCGGUUUGGAGCUUCCAGCAGAGCUUAGAGUCGAGAGCUGGAUCGACUACCUGGCGCUGCUUCUCUCCCGCAUGGACGCCAGGACCGAGCGCAUCACGGGCUUCGUCACACAUGAAGAGGAGGCAAAUUCCCCGGAGAUCUUCCUCGCGGAGCCUGGCCAGGGCGAGGAAGAGCCCUCUGAGGAUGAGUCGGAGGCGGACUUUGAGGACUCUGACGUCAUCGCUCUCGAGGAGCUCAACUUCACCGAGGACCAGGCCAACUACGUGUACGCGAUCCUCGAGAACCGCUUCGACAAGAAGAGGCGGACCUGGAAGGAGGACAAGAACUACAAGGCAGAGAUGAAAAAGGACCGGGGCAGCUUCGUGAAGGGAGUUGUCGGAGAUCACCCCCGAGGCGUCGGAGGCGGUCUUCCUGGAGCUCGGGAUCAACGACCUCGUGGAUCUAAGGGCCAGGGCCGAGGGAAGCUCACGCGAGAUCAGAUGAAGAAGAUUUCCAGGUGGCGUUUGUGCAAUAAGAAGGGCCACUGGGCGGAAGAUUGUCAUCUUUCCCGUCCUCAAUCCUCGGCGACGGUGACCACUCAACGUCCAACGGGCUUCUGUUAUCUUGGUCCAUCAGCCAGCUCCGGCAGUGGAGCGGGCUGGGUGCUCAUGGCGGGCCGUAAGGAGGUGAGCUUCCUGGAUGGCGCGAGCACAGAGGAGCGACCUGCCGAACCCCGCCAUCACGAGAACUGGAACUUUCUCACGUUUAAGUCCGGCGACGCCAUCCUCGACAUCGCGGCUGCGGGAUUGCGAUCGAUUGAGGUUCCAACGGUGGCCAAUGCCCCCACUGGAAUUGGAGCUCCUGGUGUCAUCAACUUCCUGGUCAUCCAGAGCAACGUGCCCCCACUUUUGUCGGUAGGUCUUCUAGAGCAUCUAGGAGCUUCCUUUGACCUAGUGACGAACCAGAUCUGUUUUGAGAACAUUGGUGUUCGACUCCGCAUGGGAGUUCAAGCAUCCGGGCAUCGAACGAUUCCCCUGGUGCAGUGGUCCGGAGGACAUUUCCAUGUUUUCGAGGAAGUGCAGCAGCAGUACAGUUUGCCCGACGAUGCUUUUGAUCGAGACAGCAAGGCUCUCUCCCGAUACACAAAAGACAGCGGUUCGUCGUGUGAAUCAGUCAUGGCACAGAAUGGGAGCAGGACAGGUGCUGAGGACGCAUUCCACGUUUGCACUUCUGUGGACAGACAUGCAUGUGCUCACCAUUCUGUACUGCAAGCCUUCCCACCUGAAGACCCCGGACCUCUUGAUGAUUGCUCCCGUGCACUUGAACAGCAUCUUGGCUCAGGAACGCUCCCCAUGGGCAACCAUUCGGAGAAGCCACAACCCCAAUUCGAUCACGAUCCUCGUUUGAAUCAUGGAUCGCUCGUCCCGGCCAGCGCUGACCCGGGCGGAGACGAGAUGGAAAGCCUUUACGAGCAGGGUCUUCUUUGUCAUGGAGACCUCUCGAAUGAUGUUCUGCCGGCUGAUCUUGGCAGAGCGGGGCCAAAAGAGCAUCAAGAGCGACCGCCGCUCCUACCUGGAGAGCUCAAGGCAAGUCCCUGGAGCCUGCCUCCACCAGUCAACGAUGAACCGAGGCAACCAAUACGCUUCUUGGACUGUGUGCCGGGCAUGCGGGGCCCGUCUCUCCUACUCCUCACGGAAGGGAGCGACGUCAAAGUCGAAGGCCAAGGCCCGUGGCAGAGCAACGGUGAGCGAGGGAUACCCCAUCGAGGAGAGAACAACACCUGCUGUUGCUCAUCGGACCACCCCGGCGAGGCGAUCCCGGCGUCCGAGAUGAACCUGAACGACCUCUCCUCGGCGGUCCAGGUCAUGGUGAAGGAGAACGUGGACGUGGACGAGGAGCUCAUCGAGGACCACAGCCCGGGCGGUUGGUCAGCCGCGCCGGGAAGAACGCGCUGGCACCGUACGGUGGAGGACCUGGGAGCUGGGUGGUUCAUCAUCCUCUGCUACCCGGACAAGGACCCCCUCCUGGUGAUCAUCGUGAAGACCCUCCUCGGCGAGCUCGAGAACGAGUUUGGGUUCUACCUCGGCAUCUUCGUCUACUGGAGACACAUCGUGAAGCCGAGACUAAGGAUUCCUCCGGCACAUGAGCGCCUCACCGAGGAGUCUGGGUGGGAUGUCUUCCGCAAGGAGCAUCGCAGACGUGAAGAAGAGGUGCGGGCGAAGAUCGAGGCCGACUUCAUCCUGGAGGCCGUCACCAAUCAGGUUGAGACAGGACAAGUCGGUGCAAGUGUUUUGCGUGAACAGAAGUACUUCGAGACCCUGUGGAAGUCUCCGAGGAGUGUGCAACAGGGCCGUCGCCACAAGUCCCGGAAGGAAAGCCUGGCUCAGAGUGGGGUGCUCAAGUACGACGUGUAUGGACAAUACACUCAUGGCGGCAUGUCCGGCAUCACUUCCCGGACACAUCGCAGUGUUCAGUUCUCGAAGUAUAUCAACGAGGUCCUCACCAGACAUGGAGCUUAUGGACCAAGAUCAUCGUUUGCGGUGGCGUCUGGAGCACGCCUUGCCUAUCACAGAGAUGUUCACAACGUUGGCCUCAACUAUGUCAUCAACUUGGGUGACUUCACUGGAGGUCAAGUGUGGGUAGAAGAAGGGGGCCCAGACGUUCGACAGGUGGCACCCGGAAAAUGGAUCCCGGGGCGGCUACACUCUCCACAACAGCAAGUGCUGGGAUUUUCCCCGCGCAAGUUUCAUGGUCCCGAACCUUGGCAGGGAGAGCGUUGGUCCAUCGUGGCAUAUCUGGCACGGUUCGCGAAACGGUUGAGUUCAACCCACCGCAGAGAACUUCGUGGAUUUGGCUUUGAUGUUCGAGGAUACCAGACGCAAGGAGGGUGUGAUCACCUCACCACGCAGGCCCUCGUUCUCGACUCAACCGGAACUUCGCGAGAGCCACUUCCAGUCUAUGCCCAGGUCACUUCCAGCGAGGACGAGGACCAGGAGGAGAAUGACGAGCAGCAGACGAGCCGUCUGGAGCAAAGACAGCCAUCGGCGCUACGACAACUUCGGCAGUCUCCCUCCACCGCUGAGCCGGUGGUCUCGGAGGCUCAGGCGACGCUGAAAGCCGCGGGUGCCCUGCCACAUAUCCUGCGCUAUGUGCGAGCCCAGUGUCCACGUCUGUUUACAUUCAACCGGGUCGUCUCCAUAGACACCUUCUAUGUCCGCUUCCAGAAUGCUUCCGCUCGGAGUUUCGUGGACAGUUUGAGCGAGGACUUGAACAACUUGGGAUUCUUCAACAUGUUACCGCUCCUGAGUGAGAUGGACGAGUUCCUGGCUUCGAUCACUGCGGCAAAGAACAGGUGGUUCAAUCAGGGAGGCUACACUCCCGUUCAGCUGGUGUUCGGAGAACUUCCCCGAGUUCCAGCAGAGCUUCUGUCGGAAGACCAAGGCGGGCUAGUUCCACUUUGCGAUGCCUAUCACGACCCGUCAGGUCUUGGUGAAUGUGGAGCAGAGUUCCGCAAGCGGGUUCAGAUCAGGGAGAAGGCGCGCCAGGCAGCCAUGGAGCAGUGCAGCAAGGAGGCACUGGUCAGGGCUACACGUUCCUCCUCUUCCCAGACACCAGCAUGGAGAUCAGGUCAAUGGGUGUACGUCUUCCGGAGAGGUUAUGGCGGUGCGCCCCCGAGCAACUCAGGGUGGCCUUCCCGACUGAAGUCUUGGGACAUCAACUGUCCUCAGAUGGAUCACUUGGGGAGCUUCUGCGACAGGUUUCCUCAGGAGGACAAGCACGAGCACUGGACGUCACUCGAGAAGGACCUCCGGGUGAAGACGAUCUGCUACGUCCAGUUGCUCAUGAAGAAGACGGCAUUCCUCUCAGUGGACCUCUACCUCCACCAGCUCACGGGGAACCACCACAAGCUCCACGGGCAGUUCGUCCCAUACCAGAUGGCCUUCUUCCUGUGCCCAAUCCUGGAGCAUUUGAGCGGCACCCGAGGAUCGAAGGUCAUCGGUGACGGUGGAGGCUUCCGAGCAGACAGCCUCAGCCUCUGCUACCCGGGCCCCCGGCACACCGGUGGAUCAACUGAUGUCACCCAGGAGAGCGGAACAGCCGAGCGACGAACGACGAGAUCAACCUCAAGGACCGCCAAGGAGAAGGAGCUCUUCUCCCAGUCGGACGAGUUCGAGUGGAAUAGCAUCUUGAAGACCAAGGCGGUCCGGGUCAUCACCGGCAAGGAGGCGGACUACGUCCGGGAAAAGUUUGGCGACCGCAUAGUCUCGUCGCGUAUGGUGCGGCGUAGAAAGCCCUUGGAGGAAAUCGGAGCAUGGAAAGCGAAAUCCCGCUGGUGUUUACAUGGGCAUGGGGAUCCAGAUACUGGAUCCCUGGUGACAUAUGCUCCCACACCUCAGGUCGAGUCGAUCAUGACGUUCCUCCAGGUUGGUGCCAACCUCAAGCAUCGCUUCGCAUUCUGCGAUGUAAAGAAUGCGUUCUGCCAAUCGGACAGACUGCGUCGGCCGAAUGGCCCACUCUUUGCCCAUCCAUGUGAAGGGCUUCCUCUGCCGCCCGGUGCUCUGAUUGAGAUUGUCGUGCCCGUGUACGGGCUUGAUGACGCCCCGGCUGCAUGGAGGGCAACCAUCACCCGGUUCCUCCUGCAGUCGGGGUACGUCAGAAACUUGAUAGAACCAUGUUGGUACAUGAAGUACGACAAGGGCGGGAGAAACAUCGCACAGGUGCUCGUCGAAGUGGACGAUCUGAUCGUGUCGGCCGAUGAGGACGUCAAGGCAUCGGUGAAGAAGCAGUUGUGUGACAGGUUCGUCUUCGGCAAAUGGGAAGAGGAUGCUGCCGAGUACGCUGGACGCCGCAUCGUUUGCCAUGGAGAUCACAUCUCCGUUGACCAGAGCAAGUGCAUCUUGGAGCAGGUCCAUCCGGUUCCACUUGCCAAGGGAAGAAGGAAGGAUGGCGGGGCGCUCACCGACGAGGAGUUCAGUUCUCUUCGCUCGGCCAUCUAUAAAGUCAAUUGGGUGGCGAAGGAAACAAGGCCGGAACUUUGUGGCCUAGCGUCGAUUAUGGCCAGUCGGCUUCCCCACGCGACGGUGUCCGAUGUUCUCGUGGUCAACAAGUCCAUCAACCACCUGCGCAACACUCAUGGUCGCCCGCUAAAGAUUUGGCGAUUUGAUCCUGAUCAGAUGUCUUUUCUGGCGAUCUCCGAUGCGGGAGGGAUCAACACCAAGGACGAAGAGGUGGACCAUGAGGGGCUUCCUGCGGAUGCCACACCGGGGGCGUGGAUCGUGCUCGCGGCCGAGUCUCUCCCGGUUGGAACCGAGAGAAUCAAGGCUAGUCCUCUUGCCUGGCGCAGUUCGAAGCUGAAGAGGAAGGUGUUUUCCACGUUUGGUGGAGAGACGCAGGCCAUGCUUCAGGGGAUCAACGAGACUGAUUGGCUGCAAAUCAUGUACCGGGACGCAUACAAGCAUGAUGUUCAGCUGAAGGAUUGGCGUUACUCCUUGUCCCCUCACAUGGUCGUGAUGCGUGGCUCUUGCGCGCUCAGCCAGCGCCAGAAACAGUGUUCCGCUACUGAUGCUAAAAGCUUGUUUGAUUGCAUUUUCAAAGAACAUCCCCAAGGCCGUCAAGACAGAAAAGCUUCCCUUGAACUCGCGAUCAUUGUCCGAGAUCUUGAGCAAACGAAAUCCAUGGUGAGGUGGGUUCUUCACCAGAAAAUGGUCGUCGAUUCACUUACCAAGAUGGACCCCGGCAAGGCGAACGGGGCCAUGGAGGCUUUCUUGAAGGCGGGCUUUCUCUCGUUGGUGGAUGAAGGGGAGGAGCUCAACCAUCGAGCUCAAGACUCGCGAAACAAGCGUCGGAGUCAUUCCGCUUCAGCAGCAUGA